CUGUCAGCAAAAGCCGACUGCGAAGUUACUGAAGAAGGUCAGAGGCCAGGUUUUGCGUUUGCUGGUUUCACCGAUUCAUUUUCUGUUGGUCUGUCUGUUGGCUCGUAAGCGUGUCACACGAUGGGGAAAGUGGCGUCAACUUUGAUCAAGCGACCUCUUCAAAAUGUUGCAGUGGAGCACAGAGCCCACAAACUUGUUGAAAAGUCCAACAAACCAAAGACCGCCCCACUGCACCCAUCAUCGGUCGAUCAAAUUCAAUCCUACAUCUCAGAAAAUAAAGAUGAACUGAAAAAGGAAAUUAUGGAUAAAAAUGAAAGUCUCCAUAACAGACUGAAAGGAAUGGUUGUUAACACUCCACAAAUAGCAGAGAUAAAAACGAAAGAAAAAGUUAAAAAGAACCUUCCAGAAAAUCGAUCAAAAGUAGAAGACCCUGAAUUUGGUUAUCUUGAACCUGAAACUGUAAGAGAAGGACAUGUGACUAUCAAACAAGCCAUGGAGUUUUUGAGCAAACAUUUCACUGAUCCUAUAAAGUACCCUGUUGAAGAUAUUGCCAAAGACUAUAAAUUAAAUAUUGAAGAUGUUCGUAAGAUUGUCAAAUACUUCAACGUUUUCAUCCUUCAAAUCCCGUCAAAACCGACUGACAGCAAAGAACCAUUAACUAGCUUUUUGAAACCUUCAGCUUUAAAAAAGUUAUUGACUGACAAAAGUGAAAAAGAUAAUAAAUAACAAGUGGCGUGAUUAAAAUAUUUUAGGAAAAUUUUUAUGUAAGCAUCUUCAAUACAUAAUUAAUAUUAUUUUAAUUUGCACCAGCAGUUAAUUAUUAUGACUUUUAUUCAUUUGGAAAUGUGUACGUAUAUAAUAUAUUUAAACCGAAUUAA